CUUUAAAAUGUUUCCCUGUCUAUCUGUCCCAUAGUUAGCGGUUUUAGACAACUCAGAUACAGUUCAGCAAGCACCCCCCCUAAGAAGCUUGAUCCAGAGAGGCGCUGGAUCCAGAGGUGAUCACAGGAGGCCAGAACUUCAGCAUUUUUGCAGGACAUAAAACAGAAAAUGUCACUUGUUGGGCGACCAUCCACUUCCCUGAUCCACACAGGAUUCCUGUUAGCCAUUGUUUUACUACCAGAGUUUCUGGGGGCGGUUCCAGUGGAGACGUACAGGGAGCGGGAAGUCAUCUCCCUCCCCUGCAGUGUCGGAUGAUGUGAACGCUGACACCAUGGAGAGCCUGAAGACACUGGUUCGUAACAGAAGGAACGCCCACGUCUUGGCUAUGCCCCAGUUCAAACGCCUGCCUGACUUUUGGGGAUGGUACAAGUACUUCAUGGACACCCACAACCAGGAGGGAGUUGAGGAUCUGGAUCGUCUGUACAUGGCAUACCUGCAGAACAAGCACAGGUCAGAGGAGGGCCCAAAUUUCAACCACUACCUCAAGCACCUCAGUGAAAUCUACAAGUCUUGUGCCGAUUCCGAUGAUCCAGAGUGCAUCUCUGAGUCUACCAGCAAGCCAAAGGCUGCACUGGUGAUGCCCGCCCCCAUCAAGUCUGCUGCCGUCAGGAUGUGCAAUCCUUACCUCGACCCCUACUGCCUCUUUCCCCUCGUCUCCAAAUCUGCACCACAGCCUGAGCCAGCUCCAGCCAAGGUGCCAGCCCCAAUCUUCACCCCCAUGUUGCCCUCCCCCCUGAAGAGCCCCACUGGCUACUACUACUAUGCCCCCGUCUUGGAGCCCUUCCUGAGUGCUAAUCAGAGGUCUGAGCUGCUGAGGAUCUGCAACUCUGAAGAUGUGGAGUGUCUGCAGUAUCACCUGAGGGCCGCUUAUGGCUACCGCCCAGCAUCUGGCCCACCCCCAUCCUACGCCGCCCUUAAAUGUGACCCCAAGGACCCCUACUGCAGGCCCCCCCUGGUCCAAAAAGCCCCCACUGGCUUCUACCACCUGCUCUACCCCAGCUGUGACCCAGCAGUCGAUCCUCUGUGUGUGACCAAAGCUGCUGCUUCUGCUCCCCUCGCUGCAGAUGGGUCCCCUAGAGAGCAAAACUGCAACCCUCUCUUUGAUGGUGGCUGCAACCCCCUGACCGCCACCAAGCUGUCCGGCCUCACCAAGCCCGUUCUGGAAUAUGCCCCCAAUGAUGAGCCUGCACCUCCUGCUUCUCCUCUGGCAUGUGACCCUCGCUAUGACCCAUUCUGCGUACUGGCAGCUGCCGCAGCCCUGCGCAGGCCCGCUCCGCAGAUCCCCGAGCACCAGGUCCGCUACAAGCUUGGCAUCCACGGCAAGACCAAAGAGGGCUACGACUGCUAUGUGCACUAUGACAAAGACUGCACCCCGGUGAAGUCUGGCCCCCAGGCCGACAUCAAGGUUCCAGCCAAGCCCUUCUGCCAUCCGUAUGACCCCAAAUGCGGAAGGUUUGCUUCAUCCUCCGACGUCGAGGCCUCGAAGCCAGACAAGGAUGGCAUAAUCCUGCCCGACCCAGACUGCGACCCUGAGUACGACUACAACUGCCGCCUGCGUCGCCCCAAGCCCGCCACUGUUGCUGAUGAGCCCACAGCUGCUGAGGAUAAAGCUGCAGAUGAGCCCGCUAAGGAGGUUGCUGUCCAACGCUUCGAAGACUUCCUCAGGGGCAUCAUGAACCAGCACAAGUAGAUUUCAGAAACAACAACAGAAUCAACACCUA